AUGGAUCGAAUCAAUUCUUUUGGUCAUGUGAUCAAUGUCUCUACUAUAGUAAGAAACAGCACUGGUGUUUCAACUCCUGCCCUCAAAAUCAUCAUUGGUGUCUCUUUGAUCACGUCGUUUAUAAUCGGUACCAUCAGCAACGGCCUCUGUCUUUGGAUGCUGAAAUUCAAGAUGAAAAGGACUGUCAAUACUCUCUUGUUUUUUCAUCUCAUUCUCUCCUAUUUUAUUUCUACAUUGAUUCUGCCAUUUAUGGGCACCUCCUUCCUUCAGGACAAUCACUGGGCCUUUGGAACCGUCUUGUGCAAAGUCUUCAACAGCACUUUGUCUCUGAGCAUGUUUGCCUCUGUUUUCUUCCUCUCCGCCAUCAGCGUAGAUCGCUAUCUUCUCACGCUUCAUCCAGUGUGGUCCCAGCAGCACAGAAACCCACGAUGGGCUUCCCAAAUUGUCGUGGGAAUCUGGAUUUCUGCCAUUAUCCUCAGCACACCCUAUUUGGUGUUCAGGGAGACGCAUGAUGACCAUAAGGGGAAAGUGGUAUGCCACAAUAACUACGUUGUGUCUGCCAACUGGGACAGCAGAGAGAAGCGAGCAUUAAGGCAAUGGAUUCAUACAGCCUGUUUCAUUGGUCGCCUCCUGCUGGGUUUCCUUCUGCCCUUCCUUGUCAUCAUCGUCUGCUACAAAAGAGUGGCCACCAAGAUGAAAGAGAAGGGGCUCUUUAAAUCCAGCAAGCCCUUCAAAGUCAUGCUGACUGCUGUCAUCUCUUUCUUUGUGAGUUGGAUGCCUUACCAUGUAUGCAGCGGCUUGGUUCUCACUAAGAACCAGUCACUUCCUCUCCAGUUGACUCUGGGACUUACAGCGGUCACUGUUUCUUUCAAUACUGUCUUUUCUCCCAUCCUCUAUUUAUUCACUGGGGAGAAUUUCAAGGUAUUCAAGAAAUCUACUCUGGCUCUAUUUAAGUCAACAUUCAAUGAUGAUUCUUCUUCAGAAAGGACACAAACCCUAAACUCAGAAACUGGAAUUUAAAUUCUGGAUCCUUUGGGCUGGAGAGAUUUCUCAAUGGUUAGAGAAUCCUUGCUAUUCUCCCAUUGGAAUUCUGUUCCCGACACUCUUAUCUGCCUAUAACCCCAGCUCCUUGGGAUCUAGCAUCUUCUUCUGGCCUCCAUGGGAGCCCACAUGCACACGGAGACACAUACCCAUACAUAGAAAUAAUACAAUUUAUAUUUUUAAAAAUAAUUCUGGAUCCUUAAAUAAACAUGGACUCUGUCAAUUACACCACUAGAGUUAUAUCCUCUGAUAUUGUAUCCAUAGGUCCUAUAGUUAAGUAUCUUCUAGUCUGUUCUAAUUAGAUCUGUAAAAAUUAAAACAGUGCCAAUAGGCUGGCAAGGUGACCCAGUGGGUAAAGGUACUUGCUGCCAAGCCUGAAAAUCUAAGUUUGAUCCCUGGGACCCAGUUGGUAGAAAGAGAGAACCAACUCCUGCAAGUUGUCCUCUAAUGUACACACACACACACACACACACACACACACA